CGCACAAACACCACAGAAGAAGAAGAAGCGGCUUCGGGAAGGUCGGACAGCAAGAUGGCGGCCUCCGCAGUGCGAGCUAUCGGCUCUAACCUCAGUAAAAACCUGCGCGAAAUUCGCCUUCAUUUCUGUCAGACUUCAGCUGCCAGUCAGGGGGCGAGGGAUUUUGUACAGCAGCACUAUGUGACCCUGAAGAAGGCGAAUCCCGAGUUUCCCAUCCUGAUCCGAGAAUGUUCCGGUGUUCAGCCCCGACUGUGGGCGAGAUACGCGCUCGGUAAAGAGCAGAGCGUUCCUCUGGACAACAUGAGCGCUGAUCAGGUGGCUAAAGUUCUGGAGAACGCCGUCAACGUGAAGGCCUGAGACGUGUUCUUCAUCCUCCUCUAAACUCUGUGUGUGUGUGUGUGUGUGUGUGUGUGUGUGUGUGUGUGUGUACCUGUAAUUAAAGUGUUGUGGUUUAAUAAAUCUGUCUCAUUAAA